UCCAACUCCCCGCCCCCUCCGAGGAGUUUCCCAAAACCCAGCGCGGCAAACCUCAGCUGCGUUAAGAUGGCGACUCCCAUGCAUCGGCUCAUAGCCCGGAGACAAGCUGAAGCAAAUAAGCAACAUGUAAGGUGUCAGAAAUGCUUGGAAUUUGGACAUUGGACUUAUGAAUGCACUGGAAAAAGAAAAUACCUACAUAGGCCUUCGAGAACAGCAGAACUAAAGAAAGCUUUAAAAGAAAAAGAAAACAGAUUAUUAUUACAACAAAGCAUUGGAGAAACUAAUGUAGAAAGAAAGACCAAGAAAAAAAGGUCUAAGAGUGUUACCAGUUCCAGUAGCAAUAGCAGUGACAGUUCAGCCAGUGAUUCUUCAUCAGAGAGUGAAGAAACGUCUACCUCAUCCUCCUCAGAAGACAGUGACACAGAUGAAAGCUCCUCCAGUUCGUCAUCUUCAGCCUCUUCCACAAGCUCUUCUUCGUCCUCUGAUUCAGACUCAGAUUCCAGCUCUUCCAGUAGCAGCAGCACUAGCACAGGUAGCAGCUCUGAGGAUGAACCACCGAAGAAGAAGAAGAAGAAAUAGAAUUGCUCCAUCCACAUUGGACUGACAGACUGAAAACAUUAAUCUGAUUCUCAAAAGGGAAUUUAAGAUAUGUUAAAGCCAAAUAGGUUAACUGACCAAAAUUCCUAGAGCUCAAAAGUUCCUAAAUGCUUUACGUUGUAAGAGCAUAAAAAGUAUUAAAAUGGAUUAUAUAUAUAUAUACUUUUUUAUUUUAAGGAUGAAUCUUAUUUUUCUUUUUUAUCUCUAAACUCUGUCUCUAAAACUUAAAGCUGAAAUCUAGUAAAUCUCUUUUUGUGAUAAAACUUAUGUUUUCUCCCUGGGAAAUAAAUCCUAUACUUUGUAAUAUGUUAGCGUUAUGUAUCAGACAUGUUUUCAGGAUAAUGCAUCAGAGUAUCUGGCAGUGAAUUUCUAAUGCUUUUGGCUGUGUGUUAUUAUGUCAGAUUUAACAUUGUUGCUCCUAAGUUUAGGAGUUUUUCCUACUGUUGAUAAAUUGCUCUAUUUUUAUGUUUAUGUUCAGAAAGUUAUUUUAACUUCUUGUUCUAAAUGAAAAGUUCAAGGAACCUAUUAAUAUAUUUAUACUAUUUGGAUGGCACAAGUUUCAAGUUACUGUGUAAUAUCAUUGUUUGUUUUCUUCUGAUUUUUAGAGUACACUUUUCUGAGGAAAAUUAUUCUAAAGGAACCUGAAAAGGAACAAAAAUUCUAAAACUACUUAGGAAUCUAAUCAUGGUGCCUUUCGAUAAAUUCGGUAUAACAGAAAAGAAAGCAGUCAUUUAAGAGGCUAACAAGUAAAAGCGAUGUAGAUAGCUUUGUGUGUUAAUAUGCUGAAAAAGGUACCAUUCAAAAUGGAAAAGAAAAUAGGAGAGAGGUAAUUUUUACAGAAAAUUAGGGAGAUGUUGGUUGCCUUUUUUUAAGCUUUUGUAAAGAUUGCCUUUUACCAUUUUUGCAAUUGUGGAAUGACAGUUUAUGUGGUAACUGGUCAUGUAUGACAGUCUACUGCAUAAAUAUGAAUGACUUGGAUAAAUCUGCUGUGUUUACAUAGCACAUACAGUUGAAAUCUAGCAUGAAAGGUUAAAAAGAAAUAUUGUAUAAUAUUUCUUAAAAGUAAAAUACUCUGCUGUAGUGAAAUUAUUUGGUUUAAUAUCACAAUCUGAUGUCUUGAGCAUUUUGGAAAGAGGUAUCAUUUAUAGAAAAAUCUUGAUUUGGGUUAAACAUAGGCUUUUGAAACUAUAGAUGUUGUCUUCUUUAUAUUUUUAUAAGAAAGUGAUAGAAAACUACUUUUGAAGAAAAUGGACUUCUAUUUAAAUGUUGAAAUAUGUGUAUGUUGUGAGUUUAAGGAGCCUGUAAUUACCUGUAAGUUUUAAAGAACCAUCUGCUCAGUAAUUGUAAAUAAACAUCCUUCCAAAGGCUCUAUACAGAAUGUAUCAAUUGACAGGAAAAUUUAAUGAAUUACUUGUUAAACACAUUUUACAAUGUUUCUGAUCUCCAUAAGGGCAAUUUGCCAGUCAAAGAACUUGGAAGAGAAGAAAAAUGUGUACACAGGAUGCAUCACUUGCAAUUAAAUAAAACUCAUAGUUUGUGCUCACAAGUUUAA